AUGGCUCCCCAGCCUGAGUUUGGCAGCGGGGAGAUCCGAGAGGCCUUUAAAGUGUUUGAUCGUGAUGGAAAUGGAUUCAUCUCAAAGCAGGAGCUGGGCAUGGCCAUGAGAUCUCUGGGCUAUAUGCCCAAUGAGGUGGAGCUGGAGGUCAUCAUCAAGAGACUGGACAUGGAUGGUGAUGGCCAGGUGGCUUUUGAGGAGUUUGUAACUCUGCUUGGCCCUAAACUGACUGCAGCUGGCAUGCCUGACAAGUUUCACGGAACAGACUUUGACUCCGUUUUUUGGAAGUGUGAUAUGCAGAAGCUGACAGUGGAUGAGCUAAAGAGACUGCUAUACGAGACGUUCUGUGACCAUUUGACAAUGAAAGACAUUGAAAACAUCAUCAUGACUGAGGAGAGCCAUAUGAACAGCCCUGAGUGUCAAGUUAACAUUGACACAAGCCCCAUGCAACAAGUCAAGCACACAUGUGUGCGAAAGAGCUUGAUUUGUGCCUUCGCCAUUGCAUUCAUCAUCAGCGUCAUGCUUAUUGCAGCUAAUCAGAUGCUUCGACGAGGGAUGAAGUGAGUGAGUCAACCUCCCCAUCUCUGUGCAUUCACGUCAGUAAAUCUAGAAUAUCCAUUUCUAUGCUCCCCUUCAUAUUUAAAAUUUUUGCAGCUAACAUACUGACACUGGUGUAAAGAAAGAGAUACAAGGUUAACUGUGGGCUUUGUGUAGCCUUUAGGCCCUUAACUUAUUUUGUCAUAAAUAAAAUAAAUAGUAAAUAUUAAUGCAAAUAGUUACAGUCAUUUUAAAACGUGUGUUUUAUUUCAUCAUGGUACAGAUACAAUAACUAUAUGUUGCUUAAACAUGUUUGAAGUAACACAUGGUUUUGUAGUAAACAAAAAGAAGC